AUGACUCAAGAUACGUUUUAUGAUCAAUCAACUACCACAGUUUCUACGAUUUCUACUCGAUCCAAAAAUAAAACAAAACAGAUUGAAGUAGAAUAUCGAUUAAAACGUUCUAUAUAUGGUUCAGAUGAAGCAGAACAACCCACUAUAAUUAACACAACCACAGCUACUACUAAUACUACUGGUGGUAUGAAACUUUUUGGUUUAAAAGAUUUUAAUGAACUUCAAUAUGAUGCAUUUCUAGAGUUGCAAAUUUUAACAUUUGGAUAUGAUUGUCCGAAUGAUGAAUACUUAAUUAGAUUCCUGGAAAAUAAUGGAAAGAAUUUAAAGGACGAGCGUGAAUUAUUAGAUUUUAUUGUAGAAUUUCACCUAAAACGUUUUAUGAGUUAUCAAUUGAUUUUGGAGUUCACAAUUGGAUUUAGAACUGUCAAAAAUUAA